UAUUUACACGCAUCUCGGUCUGCGAAAUAUGGGGGGCUGGGGAAAUAUUGAGCGGAGAAUUGGGAUUUCAGGGAUUCGGAUGAAUGAUGUUGUUGUCCCAUCAAGAAGGCCAAGGCCAUUGAAAAGAAUGAGUUCGGCAGAAAGGUGGGAGGUAAAACAACUCAUGGCUUCAGGUGUCUUAAGUGUUAAGAAGUGUCGUCCUAUGUUUGAUGAAGAAGAUGAUAGAAUGUUUUAUGAAGAAGAAGAAGAAGGUGCGGUUGAGAUUGAGUUGAAUGAAGAUAAACCACCUUUCUUGCAAGGCCAAAGCCAGAGUCUGGAUAUGUCUCCUGUGAAGAUUUUUAAAAAUCCUGAAGGUUGUUUGAGUCGAGCAGCUGCACUCCAAUCUGCUUUGGUAAAGGAAAGGAGAGAAGUAAGGGAGCAGCAACAAAGAAUCAUGCUUGAUUCCAUCCCCAAAGAUCUAAACAGACCAUGGGAGGAUCCAAUGCCUGAGACAGGUGAGAGGCAUCUGGCCCAAGAACUGAGGGGUGUUGGUUUAUCAUUGUCAGCCUAUGAUAAUGAUAUGGCAGAGUGGAAGAAGAAAGAUGGUUAUGGUAAAGCACUUAGUUUUGGACAAAGGUCAAAGCUUUCCAUUCAGGAGCAAAGACAGAGUCUACCCAUUUACAAGCUGAAGAAAGAAUUGGUUCAAGCUGUACAUGAUAACCAGGUUUUGGUUGUGAUUGGAGAGACAGGUUCAGGCAAGACAACCCAGAUGACACAGUAUCUAGCUGAGGCAGGAUAUACUACAAGAGGUAAAAUUGGAUGUACUCAACCGCGUAGAGUGGCUGCAAUGUCAGUGGCGAAGAGGGUUUGCGAGGAGUUUGGUUGUCGGUUAGGGGAAGAAGUUGGUUACGCCAUUCGUUUCGAGGAUUGUACUGGACCAGAGACUGUGAUCAAGUAUAUGACAGAUGGUAUGCUGUUGAGAGAGAUACUGGUGGACGAGAGUUUGUCUCAGUAUUCUGUUAUAAUGCUUGAUGAAGCUCAUGAGAGAACCAUUCAUACUGAUGUUCUCUUUGGUCUCUUGAAGCAAUUACUUAAGAGAAGACCAGACCUUCGGUUGAUCGUCACAUCUGCAACUUUAGAUGCAGAAAAGUUUUCUGGAUACUUUUUUAACUCUAACAUCUUUACUAUCCCAGGGAGAACCUUUCCAGUAGAGAUACUUUACACCAAGCAGCCAGAAAGCGACUAUAUUGAUGCAGCUUUGAUAACAGUCUUACAGAUUCACUUAACACAACCUGAAGGUGAUAUCCUUCUUUUCUUGACUGGUCAGGAAGAGAUUGAUUAUGCUUGCCACUCUCUUUAUGAGAGGAUUAAAGGUCUGGGUAGUAAGAAUGUCCCUGAAUUGAUUAUCUUACCUGUUUAUAGUGCCUUACCUAGUGAAAUGCAGUCUAGAAUCUUCGAGCCUGCCCCUCCUGGAAAGAGAAAAGUAGUUGUUGCUACAAAUAUUGCGGAAGCUUCUUUAACAAUAGAUGGCAUUUUUUAUGUUAUAGAUCCAGGUUUUGCUAAGCAAAAUGUAUAUAAUCCAAAACAGGGGCUUGAUUCAUUGGUCAUAACGCCUAUAUCACAAGCCUCAGCGAAGCAAAGAGCUGGGCGUGCUGGACGAACUGGACAAGGAAAGUGUUAUCGUCUUUAUACCGAGACUGCAUUUUACAAUGAAAUGUCUCCUACAACAAUCCCAGAAAUUCAGCGUAUUAACCUUGGGAUGACAGUGCUUAAUAUGAAAGCUAUGGGUAUCAAUGAUCUUUUGUCCUUUGAUUUCAUGGAUCCUCCCUCCCCUCAAGCACUAAUAUCCGCCAUGGAUCAGCUCUUCACUCUAGGAGCUCUUGACGAAGAGGGGCUCUUGACAAAGUUGGGUAGGAAAAUGGCUGAAUUUCCUUUGGAACCUCCACUGUCCAAAAUGCUCCUCGCUAGUGUAGACCUUGGAUGCAGUGAUGAGAUUUUGACCAUCGUUGCAAUGAUUCAGACGGGUAAUAUUUUUUAUCGACCUCGGGAGAAACAAGCACAAGCUGAUCAGAGAAGGGCAAAGUUCUUUCAGCCAGAAGGUGAUCAUCUCACACUGCUUGCGGUUUAUGAAGCAUGGAAAGCCAACAAUUUUUCUGGACCGUGGUGCUUUGAAAACUUUGUACAAUCACGGUCUUUAAGGCGUGCUCAAGAUGUUAGAAAACAGCUCCAUUCCAUCAUGGAUAAGUGCAAACUGGAUGUUGUGAGUGCUGCAAAAAAUUUUACCAAGAUAAAGAAGGCCAUAGUUGCAGGUUUCUUUUUCAAUGCUGCUAGGAAGGAUCCACAAGAAGGAGGGUAUAGAACACUGGUUGAGAACCAGCCAGUUUAUAUACAUCCUAGUAGUGCUCUAUUCCAAAGGCAGCCAGAUUGGGUUAUUUAUCACGAGCUUGUGAUGACAACAAAGCAAUAUAUGCGUGAGGUCACGGUGAUCGAUCCCAAGUGGCUUGUAGAGCUGGCACCCAGAUUUUUCAAAGUCGCUCACCCAACUAAAUUAAGCAAACGCAAGAGACAGGAGCGCAUUGAACCUCUUUACGACAGAUAUCACGAGCCUAAUUCUUGGCGGUUGAGUAAAAGACGUGCUUAAUUGAUAUGUUCUUCAACAAUGCACUUACAAUUAAAUGACUUCAUUAUAUAUGUAAAACAGUCUUUUGAGAAGCUCUAAAAUGGAUGAAAGGUGUGAAAUGAAGUUCUGUAUGGUACUGUGAAAUGAAGUUCUGUGUGUAUAUAUGGAGAGAGAGGGGGAGAGAGACAUCAUUAAUCAUUAAAUAUAUACAUUUAUGAUUUGAUUAAUCAUUUUCUCAUGAACCCACCACCAUAGUAGUCAUGGGACCAAA